CUCUAACAAAAGAAACGGGAAAAAAACCCAGUUCCACCGGAAAGCCGCCAUGGAAGAAGCUGAAGAAUUGAACCUGAAGAGCUUUCUGAAAUGGGCAGCGGAGCUGGGAAUAUCAGAUUCUCCUUCAACUUGUUCAACCCAAUCAGAUUCAUGUUUGGGAAACACCCUUUGUGUCUCUAAUUUCCCUAAAGCCGGAGGGAGAGGUUUAGCAGCUGUUCGUGAUAUUAAGAAAGGGGAAUUGAUUCUUAGAGUUCCAAAGGGAGCGUUAAUGACUAGUCAAAAUCUUAUGAUGAACGAUGUGGCAUUCUCCAUUGCUGUCAAGAAUCACCCUUCUCUUUCCUCCACACAGAUAUUGGCUGUUGGAUUGUUAAAUGAAGCGAACAAGGGUAAGAGUUCUAGGUGGUGGCCCUAUCUAAAACAGUUUCCCCGCAGCUAUGAAACACUUGCGGAUUUUGGCAAAUUCGAGAUACAAGCAUUGCAAAUUGAUGAUGCCAUAUGGGCUGCACAAAAGGCUUCUAGGAAGGCUGAACAGGAGUGGAAUGAAGUGACUCAGCUUAUGCAUGAACUGAAGCUCAAGCCACAAUUUCUCGCUCUUAAGGCAUGGCUCUGGGCCUCUGGUUCUAUAUCCUCGCGGACCAUGCAUAUACCUUGGGAUGAAGCUGGAUGUUUAUGCCCUGUGGGAGAUUUCUUCAAUUAUGCAGCACCUGAAGAGGAAACAUCUAUUUAUGAAGAUCAAGGUGCUGGAAAGCCUUAUUUUAUGCAAGAAAACAGUACACUUAAAUCAGAAACUGAAUUGGAUUCUACCACUAGGCUAAUAGACGCUGGAUAUGAGAAAGACGUUUCUUCAUACCAUUUCUAUGCUAGAAGAAACUACCGGAAAGGAGACCAGGUUCUUCUAAGCUACGGAACCUACACCAAUCUGGAGCUUCUACAACACUAUGGAUUUCUUCUGACUGAGAACCCAAAUGACAAGGCCUUUAUACCUUUAGAACCAGAUAUGUAUUCUCUCUGCUCAUGGGAUAAUGAGUCACUAUACAUUCAUCCAGAUGGGAAGCCAUCCUUUGCACUACUAUCAACAUUGCGAUUCUGGGCAGUCCCUAAAACCAGUCGCAAAUCUGUUGUACACCUUGUUUAUUCAGGGAACAGACUUUCAACAGAGAGUGAAGUUGUUGCAAUGAGAUGGCUUAUUACGAAAUGCAGAACCACAUUGGAAGUUCUUCAAACAACUGCUCCAGAAGAUUGUAGGUUGCUCAACAUCCUAUAUAAGUUUCAAGACAUUCAUAAAUUCCCCGAGAUCAAAGAGAUACCACCACCACUUGCUAGUGAGCUUUGUGCUUUUAUUGAAAAAAACAAGAAUGUGGUCAGUGAAGGAAUUUGCUCCAUGUCAAGUGUAGCUAGAAGGUCCAUUGAGAGAUGGAAAUUAGCUAUUCUGUGGAGGUAUCUCUACAAGCAAAUACUUUGCAGUUGCAUUAUACAUUGUAGUGCUGUAAUUUAUUAUUUAGGGGUCGAUCGGUAGGAAGUAUUAGGAGAAAUAAUUCAUAUAUUAUUUAGUACUAUGUUUGUAGGAAUUUUGGACUUAUUCAUGGAUUAGUAUACAUCCUCCAUGGUAUUGUAGGAUGCAUUACUAAUACCUUCCAUUAGAUGGUAUUAGUAAUACAUACGAUUUAAUACCAUGGAAUUAAUCUAUGUAAGGACAAAAAUAUCUCUCAAAUCAUUUUGUUUAUUUUCUUGAUUUUA